UGUUUGUGUUGACUCUUCAGCGCAUGCGCAGUGGGACGUGAAGACGUCCGUCCAUUGGAAGCGGCCAGAUAACUCGAUGGCACAGCUGCAGAAACGUCGUCAUGGAGCCGAGGACAAACCGCUGUCAGCGGAGGAAACCUCCAGAGAAGGCGCUGCGUCUGACGCGUCCUCAGCUCUGUUCGUCAAACUCGUGGCUGCGGCUUUGUACGGAAUCAGCUCAUUCCUCAUUGUGGUUGUGAACAAAAGCGUCCUCACCAGCUACAGAUUUCCAUCGUCAACAUGUGUUGGAAUUGGUCAGAUGCUGGCUACAGUUGUAGUUCUGAGGAUGGGGAAGAUGUUGGGCAUUAUCUCAUUCCCAGAUAUGGAUCUGAGUAUACCACGCAAGAUGUUCCCACUGCCUUUACUGUAUGUCGGGAAUCAAAUAUCAGGACUGUUUGGGACGCAGCGACUCAAUUUACCUAUGUUUACAGUUCUGAGGAGGUUCAGUAUUCUUCUCACCAUGGUGUUUGAGGGACUCCUGCUGAAAAAAACCUUCUCCACGUCUAUUAAAGCAACCGUGUUCACAAUGAUCUUUGGGGCCUUCAUCGCCGCCAGCGCUGAUUUAGCCUUUGACCUUGAAGGAUACGUUUUCAUAAUGCUGAACAACGUACUCACUGCAGCUAACGGAGCAUAUGUGAAGAAGAAGCUGGACUCUCGGGAGCUGGGAAAAUACGGUCUUCUCUACUACAAUGCUUUGAUCAUGAUUUUCCCCACGAUGGCAUACGCUUACUAUUCCGGGGAUUUAGAAAAAGGCUGGGAGUAUCCUGGUUGGUCUGAUCGGUUGUUCCUUCUCCAGUUUGUCCUCUCCUGUGUCAUGGGCUUUGUUCUCAUGUACUCCAUCAUGCUGUGCACACAGUACAACUCAGCGCUCACCACGUCCAUCAUAGGCUGUAUUAAGAAUGUUCUAGUAACCUACAUUGGGAUGGUGUUUGGUGGAGAUUACAUUUUUACCUGGACUAACUUCGUUGGUCUAAACAUUAGCAUUGCUGGGAGUCUGGUAUACUCCUAUAUCACUUUCACACAUGAGCAAACAAGUAAGAAGUUUUAA